CUCUCGUUGGCCGCAACAAAUGGGCAUUAUCCUGCUGCCAACCUUUUGAUUCGCUAUGGGGCGGAUGUCCAUAUGACUACCAACGCGGGCUGGACACCGCUCAUGAUGGCCUCAGAUAACGGCCACGCCGAAGUUGCAAAGCUCCUCAUCGACCAAGGCGCUGAUAUAGAGGCCAAGAGCGAAACUGGAUGGACAGCCCUUGUGUGUGCCGCCGAUGGCCGUCACUUGUACGCUGCUAAAGUCCUCCUGGGCCACGGCGCCAGUCUCAUGGCCACAACUCUUGCUGGGUGGACUCCGAGCAUCAGAGCAGCUCAUUCCGGGGGGCUUCGGCUUUUGGAGCUCUUUCUU